AUGAGCUAUGGAAUUUGCAACUUUCUCCAAAAAAAUAUGAAAAACUAAAAGAAGUUCUUGGUCAGAGUUUGAAAAGGCCAGUGAUAACCCGUUGGAAUUCGCUAUAUCGUGCAUUAUUGCAGUUUUGGCUUAAAAGAGAAAAUAUUGACUAAUAUUGACGAGUUGGGUAUAAAUAAGCCAUUUGAUGAAAUCGAUUUUAGAUUUAUGGAAGAAUAUCUUCAUUGUAAUAGACCUCUCGCUGAGGCUAUUGAUAUUUUACAAGGUGAAAAAGUCGCUAGCUACGGAUACCUGCUUCCUACACUCAUAUCCGUCAAGAAUAAAUUACUGGCUUGUCAAAAAAUAAAGUUACAAUUUUGUAAAAAGUUAGUGUUUGGAUUAUUGAAAAGUUUGCAGUUGCGCUUUAAGCCAAUUUUUGAUGUUGAAAAUGAAGGACGGAUUAGCGCUGUAGCAGCAGCUUCACAUCCUAAAUUUAAAUUGAACUGGCUCAAUUGUUUAAGUCGCUCAGUGCAAGCAAAUGUUAUAGUAGCAAUAAAAGAAGCACUUGCUUCUGUGUCGAGUAGAGUUGAAGAUAAGAAAAAAGAUGAUAGUGUAGCUGAGGAUGAUUUUUUGGACUGUGAUCAUGAUACACCUGAUGUAGUCGAAACUUUUGGGGCUUCUAAUGUAGAAGCAAUAUUUCAGAAAUUUAGUACUGAAAGUAGGAAUGAUCUCGAAUUACUUAAUUUAUAUCCUAUUGUUAAGAAAGUUUUUCUCAAAUUUAAUACACCUUUACCAUCUUCUGCACCAGUAGAAAGACUUUUUAGUUACGCUACAAUGUUUAAUUUACCUAAAUUUAAUAAAUUAACUGAUGAGAAUUUUGAAUUAAGAGUAAUUAUGAAGUGUAAUUCGAAUGUCGCUAAAAAAAAAUAGUAUUAUUUACUUAGAAAACACGUGAUUCUCUUAAAUAAUUUGGGCAUAUUUAAGGCUCCUGGGUACUCGUCGCGGCCAUGUUGGAAUGUGAGAAAAAG